AUGAAAACAAACCAUCAAGCUUUUACUGAAUCAAACAAUAAAAAUAAAAGUGUAAAUAAAAAACCAAAGGUGUCACAAAAAAGCAUUCCAAAUGAAGUAGAAUGCUCGAUGUCGGGUUCGCUGGCGUUAGCGUUCCGUAUGUCACAAAUAGUUGGGAUUGCUCCUGUCAAGUUCGAAAGGCAGCGCGACGGCUCCCGCGUCAGUGUGUCACGAGCCAUGAUCGUGUGGUGCUUAUUUUACGUUACUAUGUGGAUCGAUGCCAUAUACCUUUACGCGGGCUACUACUACGCGUACAUUAUCCUGCUCAUUCUUGUAACGCAAUUCAUAAUAUGCGUCUUAGAAAUAUACAGGACUAUGAAGUCUUUGAACGAUAUUUUGGAAGGCGUGUCUCAGAUACACAAAUACUACCAACCUUACAACGAGGUGUUCGUUGUGCCCAAUAAGUCGGUCAACCAGGUCAUUGACUCGCUGGCAGCAGUUAGUGACAACGUAUAUCUAGAUGCAAAAAGUGCUCCAAAGACGCUCCCCGAGACCAUUCGCCUUCUCGCUCUGAUGUACGGCAGCGCGUGCGACGCAGUGGAACAGCUGAACUGCUGCUUCGCUCCAGAACUCCUGGCGCUGGUGGCGUCCUUCCUCCUGCAUCUGGUGGUGACGCCGUAUAAUUUCAUCGAUAAUAUUACUGGAGGCGCUGUCAACUACGGCCUGCUGGUGAUGCAAACGUUGUGGUGCAUCAUUCACUUCUCCUGCACCGUUGGUUUGGCAGAGCCCUGCCACAUUACGCAGAUAGAGAUAAAGCGCACCAACCGUCUGGUCAGCUACCUCAUGUUGCAGAGCACCGACGAGCUGGUCAAGCCCGAGCUGGAUAACUUCGGCAAAUUCCUGUACCUGAACAACACCGAGUAUUCUCCGAUGGGCAUCUGUGUCCUCACCAGAUCUCUCGUAGCUUCGAUCAUCGGCAGUGUCGCCACUUACCUUGUUAUUAUAAUUCAAUUUCAAGAAUCUGACAUCAUCUAG